CUUCGCAGCCACCACACCACUGCCCUCGUCGCUGCUGCAUGUUUCACCUGCAUGCUGCAGUUGCUGUCUUCCCGUCACGAGCCCCGCGCCCGCCGUUCUCCGCCUGUCCGCGCCGACAGCGCACGCGCUGCCACCGCGAACCGACCAUGCGCAUACCACCGCUCUGAUAGCACACCGAUCGCCACGUCCGCAUCUGUAUCGCGAAGCGAGCGAUAAGCCUCGCGCAUACAUCGCGUACGAAAUCGUGUAGCUUUUAUAUGUACGAGCACACUAGCGGCCGACGCAUAAAACCUUUCGGGAGAGGGUGGGCUGCAGUGGUCGGAAAACACCAGCAUGGCCAACUUCGGACGCAUGUCUAAGCAUUGUUUCAGCCUUGGAAGCCUGUACAAAUUUCCCACCCGACUUUUUGAGUUUCGAUUCCUGGGGUGUAGACGGAGUGCAAGUACUUUGCGAGAAGGUACGACCGGCAGCACUACACCUUCUGUAGUGGAACCCCCGGGCCAUGGCGUCAACUUGGGCAGUCUCUACAAAAGUUAUGAGCCUGUCGCUGGUUGGGGAUGUUUUGAAGACGGCUCCGUCUACGUGAAUGUGAAGCCGUGGGGAAGUGAUAUGGACCAUGCCAGUUUCGAGGCAAAGAUGAGGCUGCUUGAGCCACUUGUACGAAAACCUCCCCCACGCAUAUAUCAAAUCAGAUCUGAACACCCCAAUCUGAGCCGACUUAUAUUUGUCGACUGUCAGCCCUCAAUCAAACUUUCAAAAUCAGAAGAAUCGUGCACUAUCUUUGUUCGAAACGCUAACGAUGGCGAGAAAUUGUCUGAGGAGAGGCAUCCUUUCAGGCGAUGUCACUUGACUUAUGACCAACUCAACUUUACUCAAUCUUCGUCUAAAGUCGAUCGGCCCCCAAUAGUGUUGCCUCAUCCGGUCAGAAUGUCGAUGAAUAGAGCGCUCGAAAACUUCCGUGGUACAUUGGUCGGUGGGGUUUUAAAGCCGAAUGUGCGUCUAGGCAAUGGUCUGACCCUUAGGAAAAAUCAUUCUCUCGAUAAGCAACGAGUUCUCAGAGGCAUCCAGUACUUCCUCAAGAUGGAGAACGCCAGAGAAGCACAGACCAAGACCCCUACCCCCUCCUCGAAUACCAGGCAUUCUGUAGGCUUUAAUGCCUUGGCCGGUAUCGUGCAGGGCAACCUGGGAUCAAGUCUACCAGAAAAAGCUCUAAGCCGGUCCCGUGUCGAUGGAAAGCACAGCGAGAGCGAGAGCCAGAGCUUGACGAAGAGAGAAAAUAAAGUAAGCAAGAGAGAGACUGCGGUCAACACGAGAGAGGUCGCAGUAAGCAGGAGAGAGGUUGCAGUCAACGCAAGAGAAGCGAUGUUAAACAAGAGAGAGGCUGCAGUGUAUAGCAAAGAAGCUUCUUUAUAUCAUAGAGAAGCUUCAUUAUUGCAGAAAGUAGCUGCGUUGAACAAGAAAGAAGCCAAACUGAAUGAACGAAGAGACACAUUGGAUAAGAGGACGGUUGAAUUUGGCAUAGAAAGGAGGCGUCACCUUGCGAAAAAUCAGAAGCCCGAGGUUGACUACGACGACAUUUUCCCUGAACUCGCCAACUCCGACUCAUCUGAACGCCGCACCCGAAUCACGCUCCCUCAGGGACCUGUGCAAUAGAUGGCGAAGAUGUGUCCGCAAUAAAGUCCUACUCGUUACAGGGUGGGCGGGCCGACAAUGUAUGAUUGGACAUAUCUUUCGCCGUUGUAUUUGAAGAGAUGACCUGUCACACUGUAAACAGAUUGCAUGGCAUGUCAGAGACAACAUACUGAACGCUCUGUAUGAAAAGAAGCCUCGAUGUGUAUUACUUAUCAGGUUCCGAUACCCCUCGACAAUGAAAAAAAGCAAGACAUGAACCUGCAAAUGUUUCUUCCACAUUACCUUGAUGGAAGUUUCAUUAACGCACAUGGUGUGGCUUGUU